AUGACCAACGGGGAGAACGAGUCGGAGGAUAGCGAUUAUGUGCUGGUGGGCCAGUCUGAGGAACCUAAAAAAGAGGUCCCAAAGGGGCCGGAAUCGCUGAAAGACAACGUUUCGCUCUUGGUCGUUGAUAUCAAUCUUCUACUCAGCCAGCCUGAGGUCUUCAAAGUCAUAGUUUUUGCAUUCAAUUGGUCUAUUGUGACACCUGUUACUAUGAUCACAAAGCUCUUUGGCUUGACGAAUAGCACAGGUCUCGUUGGGGAUGCCGCAAAGGCAGCUGCGAUUGCAACUAACAAGGCCCUUACUGAUAAGAGAGGUGUGAAUGUUGUCAACGCGAAGGGGAGCAAUGUGACCAAUAUUGGCUUCUACAAGGAGCAAGUUGAUAAACAUGGAGUACGGGACUUUAGGGAGAGUCACGGAGGCAAGCAAUCCCUGGAGAUUACGGCGAUUAUGAAGCGGCUGUUUUAA